UCCAUGUUAGCAGCAGGGGAGUGGAGCAGUCAGUAGGGGAGGAUCACUGAGUGGCACGUGGAGAGGCAGUAUUUCACUGAGCUGGAAGAGAUACAGAGCUGCGGAGGAGGAGAGAGAAAGAGAGAGAGAAGGUGGAGGCAAAAGACAAGCCUUCUUCUCCUUAGUAAGACAAGUGAGCAGUACACCUCGAGCGCUCCAAAAUCAGCACAGCCCUUGACUGACACACACUCGUGCGUACACACCCACAGCCAGCACGUUUGAGGUUGUGGAAUGCGCCUGCUGUGGUGGAGACUGACAGGGCAAACAGCCAGCGUUGAGUCACAGCACUGCGCUUUCUAUAGAAGAACACCGGCUGCGCCCUGGAAACACAUACAGAAAGCUUUGCACAUUCACCCCUGAUUGCUACGGACAUAACACAGAUACCUCCACACCCAAGGAUUAAUGAGUGAUGCAGCAGUGACUGCAUGCAAACCGGAACCGGGGCUGUCAUCUCUGCGCUGGAUGAUGGAUGCUCCUUGUCCUGGAUGGUAGGCACUGAGGGACAUUUCAACAGGAUAGUGUAUACAGUGUGUGUGUGAGUGUCAGGAUGGCGGCAGGAUGGAUCUGGACCCUUGUACUUUGUGUGGCACUGUGGAAAGAGUCUUCUGUACAUGGAGCAAAGAACAACUAUCCGAGAUUACGACUGUCCCAUAAAGAGCUGUGGGAAUUGAACAGGACGUGGGUGUUCCAAGCGGCUGAAGGGAGUCUGCAGCACUACAGUAUGCUGCUGGAUGAGACUCAGGAGAGGCUGAUAAUUGGAGGGAAAGACACACUGUACUCUCUUAACCUGGACAGAGUCAGUGAGCCUCACAGAGAGAUUCACUGGGCUAGCUCUGAGGAGCAGGUGCAGGACUGUCUCAUGCAGGGCAGAGAGAAGCCGGAGUGUGCUAACUACAUCAAGCUGAUCCAGCCGUAUAACAGCACUCACCUGCUAGCAUGCGGGACUGGAGCCUUCAGCCCGAUGUGUGCCUACAUCAGAGUCAGCCAUGGAGCAGAGGAAGGAGUGUUUCAGCUGGAGUCGGAGCACAUUGAGAGUGGCAGAGGGAGAUCCCCGUUUCAUCCCAACAGCCCAACAACGUCCACGGUGUCCAGAGAUCAGCUCUUUGUAGGGCUAUACACUGAUUACUGGGAGAACGAUGCGGCACUGUAUCGCCUUGGCAGUCACAGCUACACCAGGACGGAAGUAGGAGACAGACAGCAGCUAAAUGAGCCCAAGUUUGUUGGUUCUGUGGUGAUCCCUGAUAACGAUGACCCUGCUGAUGACAAAGUUUACUUCUUCUUCACUGAGAAAGUGUCCACCACAGAGGCAGGAAAUAAAGCUGUCUACAGCAGGGUGGCCCGUGUAUGUGCUAAUGAUCAGGGUGGUCAGAGGAUGUUGGUGAAUAAGUGGAGCUCUUUCCUCAAGGCUCGUUUGAUAUGCUCAGUGGCAGGACCCAAUGGCAUCGACACCCACUUUGAUGAGCUGGAGGACAUCUUUGUGCUGAAGAGGAAGAAUGAGAAGAAUCCUGAGAUCUUUGGUCUAUUCAGCACUACCAGUGCGGUGUUUAAAGGUUAUGCAGUGUGUGAGUAUAACAUGGAGGAGAUCCGAGCUGCCUUUAAUGGUCCGUUUGCACAUCGAGAGCAAACUGACCACCACUGGGGUGUGUAUGAAGGGAAGGUCCCAUACCCUCGCCCUGGAUCUUGUGCCAGUAAGAUUAAUGGAGGUCAGUUCUCCAGUUCUAAGGGGUAUCCAGAUGAGGUUCUGCGUUUCAUCCGUUCCCAUCCCCUCAUGUUCCAGCCAGUGCAGCCGGUCCACAGGAGGCCCAUCCUGCUGGACACAGAUGGUGGACGCAGGCUCACCGAGAUCGCUGUAGACCGAGUGGAGGCUGAGGAUGGACAUUAUAAUGUCCUGUUCAUUGGGACAGAUGAUUCAGUCGUGUUAAAAUUGAUCACCAUUUUCAACAAAGAGGCCAACACAAUUGAAGAAGUGCUUCUGGAGGAGCUACAAGUGUUCAAGGUUCCAGUGCCCAUUACAGAAAUCAUCAUCUCAAAUAAAAGGCAACAUCUGUACGUGGGCUCAGAGUUGGGAGUGACGCAGGUUCAAGUGCACCAGUGUGGCCUGUAUGGCUCAGCCUGCGCCGACUGCUGCCUAGCCAGAGACCCAUACUGUGCCUGGGAUGGACACACCUGCUCCAGAUACAUACCUGCUGGCAUUUACACACACAAGAGGCGAUUCAGAAGGCAGGAUGUCCGUCAUGGCAAUGCGGUGCAGCAGUGUAAUGGUCUCCAGCUGAAUGAGGCUCAGAGCAUAUCAGAGAAAUUAGUGUAUGGAGUGGAAAAGAACAGCACUCUGUUAGAGUGUAGAGCUCGAUCCCUACAGGCUGUACUCACAUGGUACAUGGUGAAAGGAGUAGACUUGGAAGAGAUAAAAGGCGAUGAUCACAUUAUUCAGACGCCUCAUGGCUUGUUGUUUCUGAUAACAAAGAAGUCUGACAGUGGUGUGUACCUGUGCCAGUCUGUGGAGCACGGCUUUGUCCAGACCAUAGCCAGGGUGACUCUGGAGGUGUUGGAAGAGGACACACUGGAGAGUCUGUUCCACAGAAGGGACUAUGACGAGAGCGAGCCCCAUCUCCGUUCUCCCCCCUGCCCCUUUCCAAGCCGCCCAUCUGCCCCUUCCUCCAGAAAGCUCUGGUAUAAAGACUUCAUGCAGCUGAUUGGUUACAGUAACUUCCAGCGGGUGGAGCAGUAUUGUGAGAGGGUGUGGUGCGCAUCCGAAAAGAAGAGGAAGAAGCUCAAAGGCACGCCGUCCAAGUGGCAGUAUUCCCAUGGGGGUGAGCGGCGUGGGAAAGCUCGGGCACCCAGACACACAUGGGACUAGUGAAGAGCCCGAUAUACCCUGAACUGAACAGACAGACCACGGGGUUGCGUUCACACAUCCAGAUAAUAUUCAGACUUAUUUUUGCCCAUUAUUGUGUAAGAUUAAAUUGAAAAUUAAGCCAAAUUAUGUUUGAGUUUUAGUAGUGUGACCUAGGGAUGCUUCUCCAGACGCAAUUGGAUCCUUUUGUGCUAUUCAUUGUCAAGGAAUUUUCCCACCUAAAAAAAAAAAAAAAAAAAAACCUUAAUGUGUGUGUCUGGAGAUCUGGUCCUUGGUGUUUGGUUUGGAAUGUACUAAAUGAUAGAAGGUGUAGAAUUAAUGUAUAUAUGUAACUGUGCUUGGUGGUAAAGCUCAUUUUGAACAUUACAGUCAUAAGCUGAUAGUGAAUUUACAGAUACAGGAACUUGUUUAGGUGAGUCUCCUAAAAUGAAACACAGUGACCCCACUGUUUCCUGUCACACACUGACAAACAUGGGCUUGCAGUGCUUCCAUUUACAAUGGCGUGUGCUCUCAUGUGAGAAGCAACAGAAUAACUUUUCCUUGGUUGACAGCCAAAAAUUUGGAUUCAACAACGAUUUCUUCCUCCUGAAUAGGAUGACUCAUUACUCUGAAAAUAGUUAACACUGUUCAUUCUCAGAUUCUCUGCGCACAAAGACAGGCAACGUUUUCUGCACAUACUUUACGUAUUUAUCACUUGUAUUUUAUAUUAAAUUAUUGUAGUUGGUGUUUGGUAGUGGUUUAGAUGUCCCCAUUAGUUUGAACUGGAGAUAUGUUACUGCUUGUGUUUAGUGCUUAUAGGUUUUUAGAUCACUGAUGUGUAAUUACCAUUUUUAAAGGCCCAUUUACACAACAUUAAGAACACAGUGUUCAUGAACAACAUGAAUGACCCAUUGAACUCAAAGACUGUUUCCAGCAUCAUGAAUCAUGUUAGGAUUCUAUACUUAUGUAAAUGUAAUGUAUUGUAUAAAAUGGAGUGAAUACCAACAUAGAAGUCCUUCUUAUUUUCAUGUAGGCUACUCAAAUAAAUGCCAUAAACCAUUGCGACAUGCAACUUGUUAUACAAAAUA